UCUAAGGGACUGGUUUGGACAAAACUCAGCAGCACUUUUUCCUGCGGCUGCUGAUAAAAAAAGGAUCGCCAACAUGAUCGCCAACGUCUGAUAACGGAUAUGGCACAAGAAGAAGAAUUGGCAAUGCUGAGAGCAGUCUCCCCCAGUUGCCCCUCCCAAAUCUGAGGAAGGAAUGAAGGAACCUAGAACUAAGGAAAAAAUUGCCUAACAGUGAGAAUAAUUAAUCAGUGGAACAGCUUGCCUUCAGAAGUUGUAGAUGCUCCAUCACUGGAGGCUUUUAGCAACAGACUGGACUGCCAAUUGUCUGGAAUGGCAUAGGGUUUCCUGCUUGUGCAGGGGCGUGGACUAGAAGAUCUCCAAGGUCCCUUCCAUCUCUAUUAUUUUGUUGUUCUGUUCUGAAUGCAAUUUGCUAGUCUCUUCAUCACCACCACCACCCCAUCCCCAUUUUCUAGCAGGCAGCUGGGAUGGAGGACGGGAACGCAGCCGCCUAACUGGGUAGCAGCUUGACGUAGACCAAGCUCUUCCUCCGGGGGCUCGAACAGAGGGGUCAGCCCACCCCAGACCUCCGCAGCGCGGCUGCUUCAUUGGCUCUGCAAGCCCUUCGCAUCGGCCGUGCGGAGCUGAGGCGGGCGCUGCGAGUUUCCGUAAAGAGAUGCUUUGCAGGCUUCAGGCCUUGUUCCAGACGCGCCUGACUGAACUCAGGGGGGGGGGGGCAACUGCAGCAGCUUGCGCCUUCUGCCACCUGGUGUCCCUCCCGCCCCAAAUUCACCCCGAUUUUGGAAAUCAGGGUAAAUAGACGGACUGACCAAGCCCCCUUCGGCGGCAGCACAGAGAAGGUGACGUUUCUCCGGCGGGCGGAGCGCGCAGAUCAGAGCCAUUCUUUCCAUAGCUCUGUUCAUCUGCAGCUAGAACUACCGGUACAGUUGAUCCGAGACAAGGAGAGGGGGACCACUCGGUCGCCAUGGAGAACCCGGUGGAAAGCCUGCACAAAGAAGCCACUUGCUCCGUGUGCCUGGAGUAUUUCCGAGACCCGGUUUCCAUUCCUUGCGGCCACAGCUUUUGCCGCGCCUGCAUCACCCAGUGCUGGAAGGAUCAGAGCACCAAUUUCUCCUGCCCGCAAUGCCGGGAAAUUGCUCUGCAGAGGAAUUUGAGACCCAACCGGGAGCUGGGAAACGUGGUGGAAAUCACCAGGCGGCUGAGCUUGCACGCCUUGCAAGGCGCCGCCGGGCAAGAAGGAGAGGAGGGGAGGCCGCUAUGCGAAAAGCAUCAGGAGGCGCUGAAGCUCUUUUGCAGCGAAGAAGAAAGCCUCAUUUGUUGUAUCUGCAGAGAGGGGCGAGCCCACCGGAGUCACACGGUCUUCCCUAUCGAAGAGGCCGCCCAGGACUACAAGAAAGAAAUUGAAUGCCGUCUGCAGAAACUGAAGGAAGAACUCGAGAGACUUCUUCGACUAAAAAUGGCUGGAGAGGUUAGACAUCAGGAAUCUCUGAAUCAAACAGACACCGAGAGGCAAAAGGUGGUGAUGGAAUUUGAGCAAAUGCACCACUUUUUGGAUGAACAGGAGAAGCUUCUGCUGGCUCAGCUGAAGGAGAUGGAAAGGGAGAUUGUCAAGCAUCAGAAAAUAUAUGACACGAAGGUUUCUGAUGAAAUUGUUGCUCUUACUAUCCUGAUUGAUGAGAUAGAAGAGAAGCUGGAGCAGCCAGACAGUGAAUUCCUUCAGGAUAUCAGAAGCACAUUGUGCAGGUUUGAUAAGGAGCCCUUCCAAGUCCCAGAAGGGAUGCCACUCAAGAUGGAAAAGAGACUAGAAGAGUUCUCGGAGAAAAAUACGGUGCUUGCAGAAAUGCUGAAGAAUCUCAAAGACACUUUGCCCUCAGAACUAGGAACCGAAUGGGUUAACAUAACCCUUGACAAAGACACAGCAAACCCCCAAGUCAUAAUUUCUGAGGAUCGAAAAAGUGCAAGAUGGGAUGUGACUCGGACUGAUGUGCCACAUAACCCUAAGCGAUUCAAGUCCUCUUGUUGUGUGCUGGGUUGUGAAGGAUUCACAUCUGGGAGACACUAUUGGGAAGUCAAUGUGGAAGAUGGAGGCAUCUGGGCGAUAGGAGUAGCCAGGGGCUCUGUGAGGAGGAAGAUAGAACUUAAACUCACCCCAGAGGAAGGGAUUUGGGCCUUGCAAGGAGAUUUUGGCCAAUACCAGGCUCUCACCUCACCUGUCACUGCUCUGCCGCUCCUUUGUACUCCCAGGAGGAUUAGAGUAUUUCUGGACUAUGAAAGGGGACAAGUAGAAUUCUUCAAUGCCGACUCAAAAGAUUCCAUCUUCCUUUUUCCCUCAGCAUCAUUUGCUGGCGAGAGGAUUUUCCCCUUUUUUAAGGUGUUGCUUGCCCAGCUGACGCUGGAUGGCUGAAGAGCUUCCUUUGAGGAAGAUGCACCUGCAUUGUAUCAAGUCUGAAUUUAAGAGGAAUUUAAAAGAAGAAUUAUGCAUGUUGAAUGGAGUUCUGGUCUGCAUUAAUAGUUGCAAGUACUAAAAAGUGGAAGUGGUUCUCCAGAUGUAAUUAAGUGUAGAUCAGUGAGAUGACUUAUUGCAAUGGUUCUCAACCUUUUUAAUGCCGCGACCCCCAACCGGUCGUAAGUCGAGGACUACUCAACUGGUGCAGCACCAUUUGCAGAAUGGGACUUUUGGCGGGCUCAGCAGGGCAGAGACA